GGCGUUGAGCCCGGCCGGCGAAGGCAACCAUGGUGAAGGAAACCGGUUAUUACGACACUCUGGGUGUGAAACCCAAUGCCACCUCCGAUGAAAUUAAGCGUGCCUACCGCAAGUUAGCAUUGAAGUACCAUCCUGAUAAGAACCCCAGCGAGGGCGAGCGGUUUAAGCUCAUUUCCCAGGCUUACGAGGUCCUGUCGGAUCCAAAGAAGAGAGAUCUCUAUGAUCAGGGUGGCGAACAAGCCAUUAAAGAAGGGGGCUUAAGUGGUGGCAAUUUCUCCUCGCCCAUGGACAUCUUCGACAUGUUCUUUGGAGGAGGAGGCCGGAUGAAUCGAGAAAGAAGAGGUAAAAAUGUUGUCCAUCAGUUGAGUAUCACACUGGAAGACUUGUACAUGGGAGCCACAAGAAAACUAGCACUUCAGAAGAAUAUUAUCUGUGACAAGUGCAAAGGUUACGGUGGGAAAAAAGGGGCUGUAGAAAAAUGUCCCACCUGCAAAGGGCGAGGUGUGCAGGUGCUGGUCCAGCAGAUCGGACCCGGCAUGGUCCAGCAGAUUCAGACCGUGUGUCCAGACUGCAAAGGCCAAGGAGAACGGAUAAAUCCCAAGGACAGGUGUACCAACUGCAAUGGCAACAAGGUGGUCAGGGAGAAAAAAAUCAUCGAGAUCCACAUUGAUAAAGGUAUGAAAGAUGGCCAGAAGCUAGUAUUUCAUGGAGAAGGUGAUCAAGAACCUGACCUAGAACCGGGAGAUGUCAUUAUCGUACUCGAUCAAAAAGAUCACUCCGUGUUUCAGAGGAGAGGCAACGACUUAGUUAUGAAAAUGAAAAUCCAGCUGACAGAGGCAUUGUGCGGCUUUAAGAAGACCGUUGAAACGCUGGAUGACAGGGUCCUUUUAAUCUCCUCCAAACCAGGCGAAGUGAUCAAGCACGGAGACAUCAAGUGCAUCGUAAAUGAAGGAAUGCCGAUUUAUAAAUCUCCCUUGGAAAAAGGUUCCUUGAUAAUACAGUUUCUGGUUGCCUUCCCUGAGCAUCACUGGCUUUCCAACGAUCAGCUCCCUCUCUUAGAAGCUCUGCUCCCUCCCAGGGAGGCAGUGACAGUUUCCGAAGAUAUGGAUCAAGUGGAGCUGGCAGAAUUUGAUCCCAAGGAGCGGACGUACCGGAACCACGGCGAAGCCUACGAAGAGGACGAUGAAGGCCCAAGAACGGGGGUCCAGUGCCAGACCUCGUGAACCGAGCGGUCCCGGCACAUGAACUUGUCAGAGAACUUGAGGAAUCGUCGCUGAGCUCCGAGGCUUGCCGAGUUCGGCGCGACGAAUGGCUGUAUAUUAGUUCAUAUUUCAUAUUUAUGUGUUCAUGUUGUAAAAAAAGAAAUGGAUCUGCGUAACUUGAAACCCAAAUGUGCUGCUGUUCAAUUUAAAUAAGCUCCCCCCCCCCUCCAUUUACACUAAAAAAGUAACCGUUCCAAUCCUGUGGUUUUCUGGCUGUCUGGGGCUACGAAGAAUGCUUGCUGGGGAUUAAACCGGGACUGAUCAAGAGAGCGGAGUGUUUGAGAAACAUGCAUGUAAAGAUUUUCCCCAGCAGUAGUUACUUGAAACAUUGCCACAUCACCUUAACAAGACUGUCUAGAUUAUUUAAUAGAUAU